CUUCAGACUUCACCUUCACUUUAAGUCUAACAUGCCUUAUUCUUAGGCCAAGAGCUCUGGACUACAUCCUUCCAUUCUCCUUCACUCUUAUUUUUUUUCGUCUGGAAAAGGGAAUCAUCUCUUUUUCGCCUCCUUUUUGGACCUUACAAAGGCACCUUCCAUUGUUAUGCAUCUUGGCGCGUGCUCUUGGAGAUGACUGCGCUCUUCACUGUCGCAGCGAGGUUGUUAUGGAGGCACAUGACAACGUUGAGAUCUUAGUGCACGUCACAGCGCCGUGCAGGAACAUCGAUGAUGUGCGCUACCGGGCCCUUGCACAGGCAUAUCUCGACUUCUCUCCCGCAAGCCAGAUCGAUAUUUCAAGCAGACCUGAAGCAGAGGAUGAAGAUGUCAAAGCUAUUGCCAGCUCAGAGGCUGAGCCAGCAGCGACGCCUGCUUGGUCAGAUGCGCCAAACCUCAAUAGCGAAACAACUCAACUGGCAACCUCAUCACCACCGCAUAUACCGCCACCUCCACCACCUCUAUACCCUACAACUUUUGGAUCAUUUGAAUCACAGCAGCUGUCCUUCAGGAGUGUCUUGGACAAUAGGAAUUCCCCGGGCCUCGGUCGGCCACUUGACUAUGGAGACAUACCGCCUUCGUCUCAACCUGUGGCCGAUUCACAGCCGACGCAGGCUAGUUGGGUAGCUCCUCCCAGCGUCAUUGGCGAUUCUCAGCCGUCAUAUGAUAUCAGUCUCGCUGAGUUCUCAUCUCCGAGUCGACUUUUUGAACAUCUGGCGGGACAGUUCGAUAGUCAGCUCGACGAGGACUCUCAGCAAGUUUCCCCAGUGGCAAGCCAACAGCAGACGCCGGCAGUAUCAGAGACGGGGACACAAGCCAUGGAGGAAGACUCAGAUGUGGAUGAGGACGAUGGUCAGGUCGUUCUCGUAACGUCGAGCAACUCUCUGGCAGUCAAGAGCAAUACGACUCCAGUUUCGGCGGCCUCUUCCUUACCCGCAGAGGCCAUAAUUCUGAAUACGCCGUUCCCCGUCUUGAAGCGACCGCCUCUAGUCAGCUCUCCCUUCGAGCAGAUGAUACAGGACACUCCUUGUCAACCGUCUCGGAAGAGAGCAGCACCGUCGUCGCCAAAUCGAGCCGGCUCCGAGCCACCACUCCCGUCGAAACGGAAUAAACGGUCAGCGCCCAUCUCAGAAUCGAGGUCGGUCAUCACGAGGAGCUCCUCAGAUAUAGGCCCGGGUCCCAGCGAACUCUUCCGGCCUCAACGGCCUCCUAAUGAGAGGCACCUGAGCUACCUCUCACGUCUCGAGAUCCACCCCGUCGGCCCCCCAGUCGGAACCAGCGAACUUACGCCAGAUGAUCUCCUGACGCCCAAGCUGAAUGAGUUAGCCCGCCAGCUCAACAUAUCGAAGCGCUUCGCCCCGGUAGAACAGACGAGGGAACUGCGUCCCUUUGAGCGAGGUCACUGGCAGCUCGACUGGACGGGCUGGCGACCGAGUCUCCGUGAGCGAGCCUGGCACUUUCUGACGGAUUACAUCCUUGAAGGCUUCGCCGGAUGGGGCGUCUGGUGCAAACGCGCAGAGGACUGGUCCUGGAUACGCGUGUACUGCUGGGGCCAUAUCGUGGGCCACAUCUAUCUGGCCCUGUACCUGGCGAGCGAGCGGGCGCUGAAGAAGGAUGCGGCGAGGUGGCUGGACGGAGCGGGCGAGAUUAUCAUCAUCACCAAUGGCCACGAGAACUCCGAGUCUGGGGAGAGCGUGGAGGGUGAUCCCGAUGAUGGACUGUAGUAGGUUGGGGGAAAGACAUGGCGGGCAACUUUUAUUUUUGGUUUUUCUUGUUUUCCUUGGCUAAGCGAGGCGUUUGCACAGGGCAAGGGGUUCGUUCUGCAGGGCGGUAUUGCUUGACAAGUUUGGAUACGGCGCAAACAACCGGGUUAGCAUAGAAACAAACAAUAGGGGCAAAGGGUCUCCUGCAAACUGUUAUAUAGGGAGCAAAUUGAACAUUUCUUUCUGGUC